AUGAGUUUUAUCAUGAAGCUUCACAGACACUUUCAAAGGACAGUUAUUCUGCUUGCCACUUUUUGUAUGGUGAGCAUUGUUAUUUCUGCUUACUACCUGUACAGUGGCUACAAACAGGAAAGUGAACUCUCUGAAAUGACUUCAGAAGUGGAUUGUGGUGACCUCCAACACUUGCCAUAUAGGCUGAUGGACAUGAAGUCAGCAAGGCUUUCUGAUGCCUCAAGGACAGAUCCCAUAGUCUUAGUGUUUGUGGAGAGCCAGUACUCACCGCUUGGCCAAGACAUCAUUAUGAUUCUAGAGUCAAGUAGAUUCCAAUAUUACAUUGAAAUUGCUCCUGGAAAAGGAGAUCUUCCGGCACUUACAGACAAAACUAAAGGCAAAUAUAUUCUCAUUAUUUAUGAGAAUAUUUUAAAGUAUAUAAAUAUGGACUCCUGGAAUCGAAGCCUUUUAGAUAAAUACUGUGUCGAAUAUGGUGUGGGUGUCAUUGAGAAGCUACAGAACUUUCAGAUAAAAGGUUUCUCUUUUUCCAUAUAUGGAAACCUUGCAGUAAAAGAUUGCUGUAUUAAUCCUCAUUCUCCAUUGCUUCGUGUGACCAAAUCUUCCAAGCUUGAAAAAGGUUCUUUACCUGGAACUGACUGGACAGUUUUCCAGAUUAAUCACUCAGCCUACCAACCAGUGAUAUUUGCCAAAGUAAAGACCCCAGAAAACCUUUCUCCUCCCAUAUCUAAAGGUGCUUUUUAUGCCACUAUCAUACACGACCUAGGGCUCCAUGAUGGAAUUCAGCGAGUUCUUUUUGGAAGCAACUUGAACUUUUGGCUGCACAAGCUGAUCUUCAUUGAUGCUAUCUCCUUCUUGUCAGGAAAGAGGCUGACAUUGUCCUUGGACAGGUACCUUGUGGACAUUGAUGAUAUAUUUGUGGGAAAGGAAGGAACGCAAAUGAACACCAAUGACGUUAAGGCCCUGCUUGAUACUCAGAAUCUUCUGCGUGCACAAAUCACAAAUUUUACAUUCAACCUGGGAUUUUCAGGGAAAUUUUACCAUACAGGAACUCAAGAGGAAGAUGAAGGAGAUGACUGUCUGUUGGGGUCUGUGGAUGAAUUCUGGUGGUUUCCGCACAUGUGGAGUCACAUGCAGCCCCACCUCUUCCAUAAUGAGUCAUCUUUGGUGGAGCAGAUGUUUCUCAACAAAAAGUUUGCCUUAGAGCACGGCAUUCCUACUGACAUGGGCUAUGCAGUGGCCCCUCACCAUUCUGGUGUCUACCCUGUCCACGUUCAGCUUUACGAGGCCUGGAAGAAGGUUUGGAAUAUUAAAAUCACCAGCACUGAAGAAUAUCCACAUCUGAAACCAGCUAGGUAUCGGAGAGGCUUCAUUCACAAAAACAUCAUGGUUCUUCCAAGACAGACCUGUGGGCUUUUCACUCACACAAUUUUCUACAAAGAAUAUCCAGGGGGUCCUAAGGAGCUGGAUAAGAGUAUUCAAGGAGGUGAACUUUUCUUCACUGUGGUCCUCAACCCAAUCAGUAUUUUCAUGACCCAUUUGUCCAACUAUGGAAACGACCGGCUGGGAUUAUAUACAUUUGUUAAUCUGGCUAACUUCGUGCAGACUUGGACCAACCUGCGUCUUCAAACUCUGCCUUCAGUGCAGCUGGCUCACAAGUAUUUUGAGCUCUUCCCUGAUCAGAAAGACCCUCUCUGGCAGAAUCCUUGUGAUGACAAACGUCACAGAGACACCUGGUCUAAAGAAAAAACCUGUGAUCGCUUACCAAAAUUCUUGGUGAUAGGACCCCAGAAAACUGGUACCACUGCUUUGUAUUUGUUCCUGGUUAUGCAUCCUUCCAUCCUUAGUAACUCCCCCAGCCCAAAAACCUUUGAGGAGGUACAGUUCUUUAAUAGAAAUAACUACCACAGGGGGAUUGAUUGGUAUAUGGAUUUCUUCCCUGUUCCAUCUAAUGUCACCACUGACUUUCUGUUUGAGAAGAGUGCCAAUUAUUUCUACUCAGAGGAAGCUCCUAAAAGAGUUGCUUCCUUGGUCCCCAAAGCCAAGAUCAUCACCAUUCUCAUUGACCCAUCAGACCGAGCAUAUUCCUGGUACCAGCACCAGCGAUCACAUGAAGACCCCACAGCUCCGAAGUUUAGCUUCUACGAAGUAAUCUCGGCUGGGCCCUGGGCACCCUCAGAACUUAGAACCUUGCAGAAGAGAUGUUUGGUCCCCGGGUGGUAUGCCAGCCACAUCGAAAGAUGGCUUGUUUAUUUCCCCCCCUUCCAGUUGCUAAUUAUUGAUGGGCAGUAGCUAAGAACAGAUCCUGCAACAGUGAUGGAUGAAGUACAGAAGUUUCUAGGAGUCUCUCCUCAUUAUAAUUAUUCGGAAGCUUUAACAUUUGAUUCUCAUAAAGGCUUCUGGUGUCAGUUAUUGGAAGAAGGUAAAACAAAAUGCCUUGGAAAGAGUAAAGGAAGAAAAUAUCCUCCAAUGGAUUCUGAUAGCAGAGCCUUUUUGUCAAGCUACUACCAAGAUCACAACGUGGAGCUCUCAAAGCUGCUGCACAAACUGGGACAGCCUCUGCCAUCCUGGCUAAGACAAGAGCUGCAGAAAGUGAGAUAGCACUGAGAAAAAAGCUUCC